UCGACUUCCCCCGUCUUUUCUUUUCUCUCCCUUUUCUCCUGCUUCCCCGUCUCCGGCGAAAAGAAGGGUUUCCCCCGCCUCCCUCCCUCUCUCGUCCUCUCGAUACUUAUCUCCUACGGAGAAGCGUGUUCUCGGCCGGGAAGGUAUCUUCGUAAUACUGUGUGGCUUCUUCGGUGGUCUUGUAGGGUUAUUCCGUGGAUUGCGCUUUCAGUACGUGACACUUGGUGGGGGACAGGGUAGCAUCGGCGAAGCGGAUGUUGAACUUGAACGAGCUACCUGGCAAUGACGAGGGGCCUAUUCAGUACGUGAUGCUGACAAAGGAUAAUAAGCCUAUUUGCCGCACCAAAUCUUCCAAUCUUCCAUUUGAUACGCCUAACCUAUGGCCAAUUACCAAGUUUAGACCAAGCAAACCAUUUCGGCAGUCGGAAAUGCCUCGAUGUAGAUUGUACCCAGAACCAGAAGAUUCUCACCAGAGCAGAGAAUGGAAAACCUUCUUGCAAUUUCUUUGGAAGAAUGAGAAGGUUGCAGUUGUGAAUAGUGAGUGUUGCGAUUUUUAUCUACUUCCUUCAGAUGACUGGCCAGAAUCUACACAUGCUGUUGUUCCAUACCAGAUGCGAAUUUCACGUCCAGCAUGUUAUGAACAAGAAAUUGCAACAUCAGAUAAAAUCCAUCCUGGAACCAACAGUACCAUGAGAAAUGUGGCUGAGAAAUUCUGCAAAAGAGGAUUUCUCGAGCAAGUACAUCGAGUUCCGAAAAUGCCUUCCUCUCCUGCAAAGAGAGUUGUGCACUCUGAAGAAUUCAGUGAUCAUCUUGGAGAAGAGAUAGCUGACAAUGCAUGUUCGAGUGUGAAUGCAAUUAAUACUCUGCACCAAGAGAAGAGCUCUUUUCACAUGAGUGAUGAUACUCACAUAGCAAAGCUUCAAAGAGUGUCUGUUGAGCAUGCUUUUACCAAUUCACCAAUGCCAAAAGUGCAAGAUAAUGCCCUUGCUAAAAAUUUUGUGAGGACAGAUCCAAGUUACUUGAGAACUCUUAGUCAGACUCAUGCAGGAUGGAUUUUUGGAGCUAUCGCUGAGCUUGUUGACAACUCUAGGGAUGCCAAAGCGAGUAGGUUGGACAUAUUCGUAGAGUAUCUGUAUUUUAAAAAAUCAGGGGACAAAAUUCCUGUUCUGUCAAUUGUUGAUGAUGGACAUGGUAUGUCUCAUACUGAAAUAAUGAGAAUGCUUUCCUUUGGCCAUAAACAGCCAGAAGAAGAUCCAGAUCAGAUUGGCAGAUUUGGCAUUGGAUUUAAGACUGGAUCUAUGAAACUUGGUAGAGAUGUCCUUGUUCUCACGCAAACGUCCUCCUCCAGAUCUGUCGCUUUGUUAUCUCAAUGUUACAAUGAAAACAAAGAAAUCCUUGAGAUUCCAAUCAUCACAUAUUCAAAACAAGGGCGCUAUAUGGAAGUUGAUUUAUGUAUCCAGUCAGAAGAAUGUGCAGCCUCCAACUUGAAUGCUGUAAAGGAAUUUUCUCCUUUUAAUGAGUAUUUUAUUGGUGAGAAAUUUGGUCCAUUUGGUGAAACUGGGACAGGAACACAGAUUUACAUAUGGAAUUUAGAUGAAUGGGGUUCUAACUACAUUUUGGAGUGGGAUAAUGCAAAUAGUUCUGGUAAUACACAGCAGAGCCGAGGGGAUAUAUUAAUUCGGUCUCGGAGAGUAAGAUCACGUCCAGGACAAAUUAGCCAGAAGGUGCCAUUGGAUUAUUCACUACAAGCUUAUUUGGAGGUUAUAUUUUUUAAUCCUCGAAUGAAGAUUUACGUCCAAGGCUCUCUGGUUAAAAGCCAGCCAUUGGCGAAAUGCCUAAAUAAGACUGUUCAGGUACUUGGCCAAAUCAUGGACAGAGAAGUUCUACUGACACUAGGUAGGAGUAAGGUAGAAUGGGAAAGAAUGAACUGUGGAAUGUUUUUGUAUUGGCAUGGCAGACUAAUUGAGGCUUAUAAGCGAGUUGGUGGGCAAGUACAUAAUGCGGACAUGGGGCGUGGUGUUAUAGGAGUAAUAGAUGUUACAAAUCUAAUGGAUGGUGGUAAUGGAGGUGCCUUAGUACUUAAUAACAAACAAGGGUUUCAAGAUUCUGAAGUAUAUGCUAAAUUGGAGGAAUGGCUGGGAGUAAAAGCAGAUGAAUAUUGGGAUAAGAAUUUUGACAUACUUGAUGUGAGAAAAGUGGAUGAACGCUAUAAGCCUGAUCAUGAUUGGGUUCAAUGCAACAAAUGCCGCAAAUGGAGGAUUUUGAGCACUGACUUCGAUUGUGAGAGCUUGCCCCCUGAGUGGUUCUGCUAUAUGCCACCAUUCAAUGGAAAAUGUGAAAUUCCUGAACAACAAGUUUCACGAGGAGUAAUCACAAUAGCUGCCAAGCGAUCUCAUCAUGAAGUCAAGCAAAAUGUCAAACAACAUGAAGGAGAAACACCAAAGAAGAACAAAAAUUCCUCUUUUACCAAAAAUAACUCAAAGCAACACCCAGAUGGUACUGCACUCAAGGUUAAGAGAUCUUCUGAAGAUGGCAGUGAAUAUUAUUCUUCGCAAACUGAGGAUGACGUGCCUCGACAUAAUUUGAAAAGAUUACGAAGGGGUCCAUCGAGGAGUAAGCGUCGUAACAUAUCUGGAUGAUGCUACUGCUGUUUGGACUAAUGAAGGUAAAUACUUGAGUCUGUACAUGACUCAUCCAAUUUCUGAUUCCGAGAUUUUUGUCAAGUCCCCUAUGGUGAGACUGGAAAGUCUUUCUUUUUGAGAGCACCCAAUCCUUCCUAGGGAUGUCUUAGUUCACUGGUCUUGAGAUCUCAUAUGGAUUCUGGAGGGAAAAGUUUAGCUUGUUGGAUAGCAUAUAGCAGAAUCAUGACUCAAGGAAUGUUGAUCAAACAGCUAGAUGGUCCUCAUAGUGGACUCUGCUAUUGAGAAAUUAGUGUAUUCUGGUUGGGUAUUGGUGAAUACUAUGUUGGUCUAUCGAGGCACAUCUGAUAGCUGGACGAGGCAUGGGAUGGCAAGAUGGUUUGAUCCUUGUGUAUAUGCUUUCUCUUUUUCUCCUUGGCGACAUGGCAUGCAUGAUGUUGUAGGAGUGUGGUAACAUCUUUUAUGGUUAGAUAUUGCUAGGUUAUACUUUUCUUUAUUUUGUGGAACUGCAUUUACAUCUCUUCUGAUUUUUACUGAUCGUUAGCAGGUUAAGCGGAAUUGUGAAGGACCAAAAGGUGUCGUUACUCUAUCGAGUCAUUAGUUGUUUUUUUGUUUUCUAUGUAACUAUAUGCUUGUUUGUAUGCUUGCAUGCAAUGUGACAUGUGUCUCUAUUUAUCUGCAUGUACUACUUUCGAAGAUUUAGAAGAAUGAUCACAAUGCAAAAAGUAACAAGCUGCUGUUUCGGUCUCUUGUACAA